AUGUCUACUACUAGCAGUAAUGAAGGAUAUUAUCCUGAUCCUACUAAGUUGAGAAAUGAUGUUAUUAAAGCAUUCCCAUCAUUUAAGGAUGAUAUACUAGCUGAUAUUAAUAAUAGAUUAACAGUAUCAUCCUCUAAUACACUAAGAGAUAGUAUUAUUAACUAUUUCGAUACAUGUAUUGAGUACACAACUAAGGAUGGUGGUAAACUUAAUAGGGCUACUAGUUUAGUAGCAGCAUAUGAUAUACUCCAUCAUCAUCAUCAUGAUGAUGAUCAACAUGAUGAUGAUAGAGAUAUAGCUCUCAAGCUAGCAUGGUGUGUUGAGAUAUUACAGAGUCACUUCCUAACUCUCGAUGAUGUUAUGGAUUCAUCAAGUACUCGUCGUGGUAAGCCUUGUUGGUAUACUAAGGUUGGUGUAUCCAAUGCUAUUAAUGAUGGAGCAUUCUUAUAUUCUACUAUAUAUCCAUUUAUAAGGAAUAUCGCUUCACAUAAGGAAUGGUUAUUAGACGUUAUUGAUAUAUUUGCCCAUAUUGAGCAGUGUACUCUCAUAGGACAGCAUUUAGAUGUUAAUGGAGGUAUGCAACAACAACAACAACAAGAUAGUGAACAUAAUAAAGAGAAGGAGAUAGAAAGGUUCAAUACUAUAGCUUUGUAUAAGACAGCAUUCUAUACUUACUAUUUACCAGCAUCUGUUGGGGUAUUUGCUAGUGAUGACAAAGAUGCUGUUAAGUAUCUACCUCUUAUUAAGGAUGUAUGUCUUAAACUUGGUGUUUAUUUUCAAGCACAGGAUGACUUCUUAGAUUGCUAUGCUUCUCCUGAGGUUCUAGGAAAGAUUGGUACUGAUAUUGAAGAGUGCAAAGCCUCAUGGUUAUAUUGUACAGCAAUUGAUGUAUUAACUAUGGAUAAUAAUAAUAAGUUGUAUACAUUAUAUAAGAAGGAUGAUAAAAGUGUAGAUGAUGUUGAGAGAGUCAAGGCUAUAUAUCGUAGCUCCCCAUUGGAUAUGGAAAAGCGUUUUAUGAUAUAUGAAGAGGAAUCCAAGAAGGAGCUUGAUAACAUAAUAUCCAAGGUAAAUCAUGAUGGUGUCAGAAUGCUACUUACAUAUAUGUUGGAUCGUACUUAUAAAAGGAGUAAUUAG